GAUGUCAAAGAUGGCGCAGCCUGUCGUCUUGCACGCGAAAUCCAGUGCCGUGGCCUUUAAAUACUAGCGUUAAUUUCAGUAUUAUUGGGGAAUAAAACGCUUGAAAUACUGUAGAUAUAGGAAGUAUAUCAAGACGUUUAUUUCUGUAGUAAAAUAUAAAGCUUUUGUGUCCAAAACAACUAAGUGAGCCAGCAGGUUAACGUUGCACUGCUAGACUAGUGAGUAGCUCGUACUACGACGGACGUGUGUCUUUUAGCAUGAUUACAAUAAAAAGAAAUUAGGCCGAUUGUGAACGAGCUGUAAAUGAAGCGAAUUUGUGUACUGGAAAACCUUAGGUAGUUCGUCUAGUCAACCGCAGUGCUUGUGGAUGGCAACAUUAGAACUAGCAUCUCUCACUAGCCGAUUUGUCCAGAACUUCGGCGAGAGAGCAGCCGGGCUCCGGCGAGAGCUGCGCGCGGAUGGACACAGCGGCCUCAUGUAAAUAACAUUGCUGUGCUACAGCGCAGCGCACCGCCGCCUUUCUACCGCGUGUUUAUCCCGAACUUAGUAUUGAGCGCAGAAUGAAUGCGCAUCUCCCUCGAUGAUUCACGUCGGAAUUCUGCGCGUUAAGUGAGAGGUGCAGCGGAGCAGUUUUGAUUUAGAAGCGAUCGUAAGACACCCGUCUGCUGCCUGAUCACUGAGAGGCGCGAGCUGCGUCGCCGAGCGGACUCUUCAUCCCUGUUGUGCGGCUGCGCGCUGCGCGCUCCGCUCGAAGAGCGCGGGCGGCCACUCGGAAAUGGCGGCCGGGGCCGGAUCGACGAGCGGCCACGGUGGUCGCGGCUCGUCCGCCGCCCUCGAGUCCUCUCUGGACCGGCGGUUUCAAGGAGUGUCCAACACGAUGGAGUCCAUCCAAGGCCUGUCCACCUGGUGUAUCGAGAACAAGAAGCACCACAGCCUCAUAGUGCGCUACUGGAUGAAGUGGCUGAGAAAGUCUGAAGCUGCCCAUAGGCUGAACCUCUUCUACCUUGCCAAUGAUGUCAUUCAGAACUGCAAGAGGAAGAAUGCCAUCAUCUACCGGUCUACCUUUGCAGAAGUGCUUCCUGAAGCAGCUUUACUGGUCAAGGAUGCAAAGGUGCGUAAAUCAGUUGAGAGGAUCUUCACAAUUUGGGAAGAGAGGAAUGUCUACCCAGAAGAGCUAAUUUCAGAGCUGAAGGCCAGUCUGGUCAAGAAGGAGCCCCCUUCUGUUCCAGUGAAUGCCAAGGCUGCAUUGAAGUCCAAGAUAGUAGCUGAAUUUGCUCCUCAGACAUUUAUAGAGCAGCUGUCAGGAUAUAAGCACUCAGUAGAGGAGGCUGAGCUGAAGGAGAAGCAGCUCUCUGCUCUAAGAGUGGAUGUCUGCAGUACAGAAGCACUUAAGCGACUAAAAGACAAAGCUGGAGGUAAGAAGUUCUCUAAAGAUUUUGAGGAAGGUAGUGGGAAACUCCAGGAAUUUGUGAGCUUCCUGGAACAGCAGGUGAAAGGAGGUCCCCAUCUCUUAGAGGCAUUAAGCAAUGCCGAUGUCUUCUAUGAGAUGCAGUACAAAGAGGUCAAGAUUGUUGCCAAUGCGUACAAAACCUUUGCCAAUCGUGUAUCAAAUCUGAAACGCAAGUUGGAUGCUCUCAAGACCACACUCCCUGAUCCUGAGGACUCCCCUAUCCCCUCGCCCUCGGAAGAUGCUCCCUCCCCGACAGGCUCAGAGUCCCCCUUCCAUGGCAUGGGAGUUGGGGGUUCCAAAGCGGACACCUCCAAUAUGGACAUUGAUGGGCGGGCCAUGGAUGGCGGAGAUACACCCAGCCCUUUGUCCACACCCAGUGGUUCCCAAGGCCCAGUACAUGGACAUGGGGAAGGAGACAACCGGGAUGUGGAAGACAUGGAGCUAUCUGAAGGGGAGGAGGCAGAGAGUGCAAACAUUAUAGUUGAGGAGAGGAGAGAAAAGCCUGUUCCUACUCCUGUGUCUAAGCCAACCCCUGCAGCUGUUCAGCCUCUUCGAGUUUCUGAAGAGUCUUCUUCCAAAAAGCCUGCACCCCUCACUGCUCCUACUCCCAGCACCCCAGGGACCCCAGCAACACCUCUUCCAGUCAACCUGGCAAAUGUGGACCUGGGCAAGAUCAGUUCCAUCCUUAGCAGCCUCACCUCGGUGAUGAAGAGCACCGGGGUUAGCCCAGUGUCUCGGCCCUCUCCAGGGACCCCCACAACACCUUCCGCCCAGGGUUCAGUAGUCAAGCCCCCCACCCCUUCCCCUGGUGGUCCCUCAGCUGCUAACCCCCUGGCAAGCAUCCUGUCUCGGGUGGACAUAACCCCUGAAGGGAUUCUUAGCGCCCUUUCAAAAACACAGGCACAAAGUGGUGGCCUUCAGGGUCUGUCCUCUCUUCUGCACACUGUGGCUGGGAACUCCUCUGUCGGGGCCUCAAACGCAGGCAAGGAUCGAACCCCUAAUCCAGCUCCAUCUGAGCCCAUACGAGGGCCUAACUAUGGCUCCCCUGAGGGUACUACCUCCUCCUCAGUUGUGCCAGCAGGAAAGAGCUCCACAAUGCCAACCACACCCAAACCUAAGCCUCCUUUGGGCAAUAACUACAAGCAAGAGCUGGACAGGGAAAGUGAGAGGGAACCUUCUGCAGUGUCCUCCUCUUCUCCAACUAGUCUAGAGUCAAAAAUCCACAAAUUUCUCCAGGGAAACCCUGGUUUCAGUGCCAUAAACCUUAACAUACCCAUCCUUGGCAGUGGGCAGGGGGGCAGCAGUGAUAGUCCCCUGCUGGGUUCAGAAAAUGUAGAUGGGACACCAGUGCGUGAUGAGACUGGGGGCACUCCUACCCAGGAUGAGAUCAUGGACAAGCCUGGCUCUGAGUCUCUGGCACUCCUGACAGACUCCAGUUCUCUGGGUCCUGUAAAGAAGCUACCAUCAGCGGGGCACGACCUGUCUCCCACAGCCUACCGCAGUGACUCCUGGGAUGUCUCCAUCUCACCUCAGGCAGUUUUUGGUCAAGUGGAAGAGAAUGAUGGAGAUUAUCGCUCCUCCCAUUACCCUGGAUUUGGACCAGACAAAGUGUCCAAGUCCAUUUUAAAAAUGAAAGGAGAGGAAUUGAAGAGGAGGAUGACUGCUUCAAAGUCUGGGUCAUGUUCCACAUCCUCUUCUACCAUCCAGGAUUCAAAGCCUGGACAUACCAAAGCCAGGAAAGAUUCUCAAAGCACUGGUCCUGGAGGGAACAGUCUCAGCAAAGCCAGUUUUUAUGAAAGUGGAGGCGAGAAGCGAGUUACUCCUGCAAAGGAGUCCCAUCCAGUCUCUGCUACAGAGCGAUUGAAAAAUGCAGGGUCUCGAAAAGUAGGCAGCAGUGUAGAGGGGGGGAUGGUUGAGGGAAAAGAAGAAGCAGAAGGCAUCAAGGAGAAGGCUUUAGGAAACACAUCUCCAGUCAGCGAGUCUGAAUCAUCACACUACCACCGUAUUGAAACCCUGGUCUCCUCGUCCUGUGGGGAAGGAGCCCCCAUUGAGACACUGGGGUACAGUAAUCGACGGAUGUCUGGUGAGAGGAUCCAGACUGUGGAGAGCAUCCGUGUUAUUGGGCGUGGAAUGAGGCCCCAUGGCAGAGGUGGUGGAGCUGGGGUAAGACCAGCCCCAGGAGGAGGUAGCUGGUAUGAUGAAGCAUACCUGGAAGGGCCUCCCCCUCCCAUCAUAGUCCCACCCCCAUCUCUUGGUCUGCCACCCCACCCCAGUACACCUACCUUGCCUUCUCAAGGAAGAUCUGAUGAAAGGAACUUGGGCACCCCUACACUGCCUCCACCACCACAUCUUCUACCCCCUCACCCCCUUAUGCCCCCAGCACAGUUUCCAUUUGAGGAGAGGCCACCCAUGCCCUUCCCUGGUGAAGACCAUCAUUCACGCUCACACCCCCACCAGAAUCCACCUCCCUCGUCUUUUUUCAGUUCCCCUCCACCUCCUAUACCGCAGCCGCCGCCUCCACCCAUUCCACAACCGCCCCACCCACCUCGGGACUUUCUGUCUCCUCCUUCUGCCGUCAUGGUGGGUGGGGUGCUAGUGCCAGUUGAUCGGCCCCUGCCCUUUCCUCCCAGCAGGCCUGAUGGAGGAGAGCGUGGAGGUGCUAACAGCAGCAGCAGCAAUACUGGCAGCACCAGUCUGAGUGGGGGAGGUAAUCCCAGCAAUCCCCACUGCCCACCACCUCUUAUGUCCUCUGUGCUUGGUGACCCCCCUCCUUUUAAAGAAACCGCACGUCCAGGUGCGGUAAAAGAGAAUUUCAGCCUCUCCCAUGCACCUCCGCUCCACCGUCCUGCCUCUGGUCCUCCCCCUCCCUUGCUGGGCAGAGUACAAGAUGGACCCAGUCCACCACCAUCCUCGUCUGCUUCCUCAGCCCCACCCUCCCCCUCAGGGGACCCACCUUCCCUCCUAACCCAAAACAGACAUCCCACUCCCUCAGUUCAGCAGUCCCAGCGACCUCCAGGCAGUCCUCCAUCACAGUCCCGUAAUCACAGACGUCCCUCUUCUCCAGUCUCCCUGAUGCGCUUGCCCAUGCCUGGCCCCAGGCCGCACAUCCGCCCUCCAAAUCCUCACACACAACCCGCUCCGUUGCCCCAGAGACAGUUCCUUCGUAGUCGGCCCCUACACCCUCACACGUUGCGUCACCCUCCUUUUGAACGAGAGCCUCUGUUCCAUGGUGGCAAGCGACCUGGCCCACCAUUCAGUGGUGGAGCUGGGGGUGGUCCAUUUUACCCCCCCAAAAGACCCUUCUUGCCCCCACGCUACUGAAAUGUGAAAAUUUGAAA